AUGCCCAAACCAAUCGUCCUCCACCUAGGCGACGACAUCCGCUGGAACCACGAGCUCUACGCUAAAUUCCAAGAUGCAUUUGAAAUCCGCCGUUCAUACAGUAUGAACCGAGAAGAGUUCAAGCGCGCCCUAAAAGAGCGCACCUUUGGUGAUUUCUUUGCUAUUUACCGCCCGUUCUGGAAUACCGGUGGUGAGAUGGGGAAUUGGGAUGAGGAGCUUAUCUCACUUCUGCCGGCUUCUUGUCGUGUUUAUGCUAGUGCUGGGGCUGGGUUUGACUGGGUUGAUACGGCUGCUUUGGCUAAGAGGGGGGUUACCUACUGUAACGCUGCAGCGGCAUGCACGGAAUCUGUGGCCGACGCCGCAAUCUGGCUGAUAAUCUCUACAUUCCGUCUCUUCAGCUGGUCCCAUGUAGCCGCGCGCUCGGUGGACGCUGAGCAAUUCGUCGACGCAAACCGGAACCUGGCUAUGGUCUCGCACAACCCGAACGGACACACACUCGGUAUAAUUGGGUUCGGACAGAUCGGUCGACGAACGGCCGAGAAGGCAUACCUGGCGAUGAACAUGAAGAUUCACUACCACGAUAUCGUGCGGAUGCCCUCCGAGCUUGAAUCUGUGUCGAAGGCGACCUAUCAUAAGGAAAUGGAUUCGUUGCUGGCGGUGUCUGAUUGUGUGAUGGUUGCGACGCCGUUUAGUGGGGAGACGUUGCUUAACAAGGGGCUUUUGGCGAAGAUGAAGGAUGGGGCUAGGUUGAUUAAUAUUGCUCGUGGAAAGUUGCUUGAUGAGGGGGCGCUUGUUGAGGCGUUGGAGAGUGGGAAGUUGGCGGCGGCGGGUUUGGAUGUGCAUUUUGAUGAGCCGAGGGUUAGUCCUAAGCUUGCUUCUAUGCGGAAUGUGGAGAUGAUGGCUCAUAACGCUGGGGCUUCAGUUGAUUCGCAUAUUGGGUUUGAGAGAUUGGGUAUGGAGAAUAUUCUUUCUUUUGAGAGGACUGGGAAGGCGGUUACGCCUGUUAAUGCGCACUUGGUUGCUAAGGCGAAUGGGUCGAAGCUUUAG